AUGGCAGGUGCCGCCCGUGUAGACGGGCGAGCGGCAGCCAGGCCACGCGCGGCAAGGCGCCGCCACGGCCGCACGACGUGCGCCAUCAGCGCGGUGAUGGAGACGACGGACAAGCACCAGGCUGGCCAUGAACCCCGCGAACGGCUGGCCCGGGAUCCCCAGCUGGUGUGUGGGGGAGGGGAGCCUAGCGGUGAUGCUGUUGCCGCUGUCAAGAGUCCCCAUCGUCGACCCAGGGUGAUAGCUGUUCGUACAGGGCCACGCCCGGCGCCGUGA